CCAAAAUUUUGCUAUUCCAUAACUUAUUUCAGAGUGAAUGAACAACCUCACAGUGAGAGACUCUUUCCAAAGUUUGAGACAGAUAAGCCGAUUUACAUUUACUGUAUGGAUAUAAAACUUUCGUUAUAUAAAAAUUAGUUUGAGCAUCGCUAUUCUUGAAAUUAUUAUGAUAUUUGUGUAUAUAAAUAAAAAUUCCCCUUAAAAAAAUUAAAGGGUUAGCAGGAAAGAACCGAAACGAGAAGAAAAGGUUCUUCGUCCCGCCGCUGGUUCCGGUGAGAAAGCUCAGUGCCACCGUUUGCUGGUUUUUCAGUAAUUUGGUAUAGAAAGAAAGGGAAUGGAAGAAGACGACGCAAACAUGGUCACGCCAGGUGAAGUUCUGGGUAAAGCUUCGGAUUUCAAAGCAGGGAAAGGUGCUUAUGUGUCUCCUCACAAUCACAUCAUCUAUGCUUCCCUCACUGGACUUCGCCGCAUUCAGUAUCCUCCUCUUGAUGCACCCGACCAGAGACCUACUAUUGAAGUAACUGGUCACAAGGCACAUGGGGUUGUUCCAGAGCCUGGGUCUAUUGUAAUUGGUCGAGUUACUAGAGUGAUGGCCAGAAUGGCUUCGCUUGACAUUAUGUGUGUAGGCACAAAGUCUGUGCCAGAGAAAUUUUCCGGUAUAAUUAGGCAACAAGAUGUUAGAGCAACAGAGAUUGAUAAAGUCGAUAUGCACACAUCAUUUCGUGUUGGCGACAUUGUGAGAGCUAUUGUGCUAUCUCUUGGUGAUGCAAGGGCAUAUCAUCUGUCCACUGCAAAAAAUGAGUUGGGCGUUGUAUCUGCAGAGAGUGCAGCAUGUGCAACUAUGGUUCCAGUCAGCUGGACAGAGAUGCAAUGUCCAUUAACCGGGCAAAUUGAGCAAAGAAAGGUUGCUAAGUUUGGAGGAUGACCAAAAAAUAAAACCAGUACCAGAAAAAAAUUACUCACUAAAUUUCUUACAAGAGUCAACAAUUGUUAGUGAUAUAUGGGGUCGUUUAUUAGAAGGUUCAAGUUAUCAAAAUCUUUGUAAAAGGAAAUGCUUUGGGUUAUCUUGUUUUAUGAUAAGAUUCGUUUUUGUUUUCCAUAUCUAAGUUGAAUGGUACAGUAGUGAAGUUUUUAUCAAUGAAGCGCUUAGAUGCUCCAUAGUUUUUUA